UUAAUUCCAGUACUCACAGCUUCUGUCGUUGUCGGUGCAUUAUUAAUUUCUCCAGCUCAAAAAAUGCUGCUGCUGCUCCUACUGCUGCUGUUAUUUACAGAUGAUGGCCAGGCUCAGCGCGUGUUGGGUAGGAAGAAUAAUGGCUCAUGUGUGUGCGCGGUAACUUCCAAUAUGUGGUCAUUCCCUGCUGUGAAGUAUGAGGCUGUGCAGCAGCAGGUUCUGUCCUGUGAAGGAUCUUUGAUCGACCUGCAGGAACAGGUGAAGUUGUCCAGUCAACGUCUCCCUAUGAUCCAGGCUCUGGUCAAGAAUAUUACGGCUCGGCUAGAGCCUUACCAGUAUCUGCACGACCAGGGCCUGUACACGUCCUUGUCUUUGCGCCUGGUAGGACAGGAGCUCAGCCAGCUGGAAACAGACAUCAGUGCCAUCCACAGCCAAUUAAACAAUUCCAAAACAAAGAAACUCUCGAAAGAGGUGGGCAAGUUGCGUGGAGCUGUAGACAGGAUAACAACGUCAGACACAAUUAACAUGAAGACUGUAAAAGAGAAACUGCGCUACCUGAAAAACAGUGCUGAGUCCUGCAAGUCAAUCCCCAAAGACUUCAGAGGCCAGGACAGAUACUGCCUUAACGGUCUGAUCACCAACAUCAGUGAUCCUGUCAUGACUAAGAUCAGUCCCCAUGGUAAGAGCUACAUCUCUGGUUCCUGGGGCAAACAGGCCCAGACGGACAGCGAGGGGCAGAGGACCAGCUACUGGGUUCAGCCUCUGCUCAGCGGCCACAUCUUGGGAAACUCUCUGCGCGUAUAUCAAACCUAUGAAGACUUCAUGGCCUCUGCCAACCACAGGGACUAUACCUUUGCUUCAUCAUACACCAAUGCUGAUGCCAUUGAGGGUCCCAGCGCUGUCUUAUAUGGUGAAGCACUGUACUAUCACUGUUACCGCUCUGCAGAUGUUUGCCGCUAUGACCUCAAAACCAACAUCGUCCAACGGGUAACACUUCCAGGCACUGGAGUGGGUUUCAACAACAAGUUCCCGUAUUGUUACUAUGAGUGUCGUGCCAAUAGCGAUGUGGACAUAGAAUCAGAUGAGACAGGACUCUGGGCCAUCUAUGCCACUGUUGGUAACCAUGGUAAUCUAGUAGCGAGCCGGCUAGCUUGGGACAGUGAACAACAUAAACUCAAUGUCUCACAGACGUGGGAGACGAGGUUAUUCAAGAAGGCAGUGAGCAAUGCUUUCAUGGUGUGCGGUGUGCUGUAUGCCACUCGUUACGUGGACGAAUAUCGUGAGGAGGUUUUCUACGCCUUUGACACAGCAACAGGCAGAGAGGACAACUCACUAGCGCUGCCACUGGAGAAGGUAGCUAAAGGAUUGGCCAGUCUGAGCUACAACCCCACCAACAGGCAGAUCUACAUGUACAACGAUGGAUAUCUAUUGGCCUACCAGGCUCAAUUCUGAUCUGAAGAAAGCAAAUGACAAAAAAGACUUCAAUAGCAAAGGUAAUUUCCACUUGGACAACCUCUUUAUUCUUACCAUAUAUUAGAGUUGUCUAAGGAUGGGUGGGAAAGUCGGUCUGAAAUAAAUUCAGGGAAUAUAAAGCAUAUGUAACAAUUGCCAACACUAAUACACAUAUUAUGAAAAAAUACAUCCUAUUAUAAUUAAGCAAAGUCAUGAAAAUGGCCUAUUGCAAUGAAUACUUCAACAGCUUCUAAGACGUCUAUGAAUUGUGUUGCAGAGAUAUCUACUGAUGUUGGUAUGCUGACCACCCAAACUUUCUGGUAAUGUGCUGCACCCUUUUUGUUUGGAGUAUGAAUUCAACAGUUGGCCAAUUCUUCACAGUUAGAAAAGGAGAUCCAUCGAGAUCCAUAGAAAAUGUUAUUUCUUUUACUUCUGAUAACAACUCUUACGAAUGCUGACUUAAAAAAUGUCAAAUGUAUAGAUAAAGAGUUAACAAUAAGAGCAUGAGCUUGCACUGAAACCAGCUCUCAAGUGCUGAUUGAAUAUUACCAUGGGGUUCUUUUAUUAGAUGAUAAUGGGCAUCUGAAAUAUUCCAUUUAUUACAAGAUUGUGGAUUUGAUUUGAUUUGAUUUUAUUAUUUCCAAAAUAAGGGUGCAGGCAUUCAAAUACCUGGUCUGGGCCAAAUGCAUACAAACAUGGAAAGAGGAAAUCUGGCAAAAGCCAAAACUACAUGUGUUUAUUGAGUUGUCUGAGUAUGUUUCUAAAGCAUGGAGCCAACAGUACAAUAGGUAAAAUUCUCAUGCUUUACUUUACAUUCCUGGUUGAAAUUAUUGGCAGCCCCAGAAUUUGAAGUGCAGAAUUAAACAAAAGUCUCUACUGAACAUAAACAACAAAAAUUCUUUCAUAUAGUGAAAUAAAAAAUACAGGCAUAAAAUGUACACUUGACACAAUUAUCGGCAUCCUUUUGAUGAAUGAUGGUUUUCCUGCAUAAAAAGGGGCUGAUUGUUUCCAGUAUCUUAUUCACAAUGGCAAAGACAAGAAGCUGCAUCAGAAAUAUAUGCUAUAAUAAAAAAAUACCACAGUCUUUCUGGGAUAAUGUUCUAUGGACAGAUGAAACCAAAGUAGAGCUCUUUGGGAAUGUAGUUCAUCAGUUUGUUAAUAGAUGAAUAAAUGAAGCCCAGUAGGAAAAGAGCAGCCUACCUACAGUAAAACAUGGUGGAGGUUCUAUCAGGUUUUGGGGCUGCUUUGCUACCUCUGGUACUAGAGGCACUGAAUGUAUCAAGGGAAUGAUGAUAUCAGAAGAUUACCAAGGCAUUUUAGAGCAAAAUGUGUUAACCACUGUCAGUAAAGUAGUUUUGAGGUGAAGGUCUUGGGUCUUUCAGCAGGACAAUGACCCAAAGCAGACAUCCAGCAGCUGAGAAUGAUUGUUAAUGAAAACAUGAAGUGUUUUAAACUGGCCAGCAAUGAGUUCUGACCUAAAUCCCAUUGAAAACCUUGGGAGAGAGCUGAAAUCUGCCAUUGCAAAAAGGA